AUGCCCCGGUAUUACAAGGACAAGCCGGAGGGCGGAGAGUGCCUGGGCGUGAAGGAGGAUCUGGGCGUGUGUCUGCUGCAGUCUGAUUGUGUGCUCAAGGAAGGAAAAUCCCCUCGGCAGUGUCUGAGGGAAGGAAACUGCAAAGCUUUGAAAUACUCAUUUUUUGAGUGUAAGAGAUCAAUGUUGGAUGCCAGAUCAAGAUUCAGGGGAAGAAAAGGAUAUUGAUACUACUAUGUUCAAACCAAGAUGAAAACAACAAAGGACUCUGGUCAUUAAACCAGAGAAGCCAAAAUAAGAAACAUACUUUUUGUUACAUCUGUUCAGGUGGACCAGUUUUUUCCUCCAUGAAACAAGAAAAUGGAUGAGUUCUGGUUUUCAGUAGGUAUAAAUGAUUCUCUUGCUCUAAGUUAUUUUUAGAAUAAAAAUUUAAUUGAAUAGUUGUGAGCUGAGAACAUAAUAGAUGUGUUUUAAGAACUGUUCUGAAGCACAGGGAAUGGAAAGAUUGAUAGUUUCCACUGACUUCUCAACCAGAUGACACAAUUUGUGCAUCCUUUGUCAGUACUGUGGAGGCCAAGGGUGGGACUGUGAGAAUCAGCAUGCAGCCUGAUGAGAAAAUAUCCA